GGCUGGCAACCACUUCCGGUCGCCGGGUCUCUGUUAUGUAAUUGACGGGAUUAAAUGCAAAGGGAUGCAGAUUUUAUGCCUUACUAUAUGGCUCAAUGCUCAAGCGAAUAUUAGUGCCAAAAACGUGUAACUAAUUUUAAAACUUUCCAAGUAUCCAUUCACGCGGUAUCGCGUGCUGCUCUGUCAGAGUUAUUGAAAAAUUUUGACCGAUUUACACCUCUUGCAAUUAAUACCAUCAGAAAUUCCUUGUCCCCUGCAUUCUGUUAUUUUUCAGAAAUUUUUUAAAAUAGAUGUUUUAAAUGUUAUUGCAGAUCUUUUAUAAUACGGAAAUUACGAAAGGAUUUUACGCGUUCCCUCCUUUACUUCGCGCCAAAAAUGGCGCAUCCUUGUUCUCCGACAAGCGCCCUCUUUAGGAAGAGUUUUGUAGUUAAACGUUUGAAAUUCUCAGGGUCAAUUCCUUUCACCGGAUAUAGGUUAUUCGUAUCGUUCGUGAUUGCGUGUAUUAUUUUGUAAUUAAACAAAUCGUGCGAGUGCGAUAAUCGUAUAUACCGUUUUGUAUUGUGUACAAUGAUAAUCGAGCAUUAUUGUAUCAUAAUUGAUUUCCAUUUGGACUGUGCGUCCGCAUGGCUGGCUUCCAAAUGUAGCUGCCAACGGUAGGAACAUUGUUGCGAACUUUGCUUCAGCUUUUUUAGACAGUUUAUAAUUAAAAUAUUGAGAGAGAGAGAGAGAGACGUACACGACGAAGGGUUACAAUUGUAGUUUUAAUCAACAUCCUGAGUUGCAUAUAGGUAAUAUGUCUUUUAUGAUCACAGAUAUUUGUUUUUCGUUCGCGAAGUCAAAAUACAAAGUGGCUGACGCGUGCCACAAUGUUAAGGGUUAGUGAUCGAACAGGCAGUAACGCGUGAGUGAAUAUAUUGACAAUUUAGUAUACAGUAGUAAACUUGUUAAUUACUAAUUUGCAUAUAGAUUUUGUUUAUGAUAGAAAGGAUAUUUUCAGUUUCUAACAUAUCAGUCCUACAUUUUUAGUACGUAACCUUACGUCGUGAUCAUGGCAGAGUGCGCUGACUUACACCGGUCUGAUCUUUGUCGGUAAUUCAGUUUCGUAGGUAUCGAUGCAUUUGAAAAAGUCUCGAGAAACCGUUAAAAAGUUCGAUGACUCUUGACUAUUUUCAAUUUCGAACGAACCGUUGAAGCCUGUACUCUUCGACUCCAAUAAUCCUUUCAUUGGCCAUGGGAAUGAAUUUCGUUUGUAGGGAAGUGGAGACAUGUAGAAGGGUUAUCACCAUUUUGAGAUUAUGUGACUGGUAUUUUGUCAAGAAACAAAAUAGAAGAGACAAAGUAGAUAAUAAUAACGAGGUACAAUCAUAUGCAACAUGUUUCCUCGUUAUACAGGACAACUGGUAAUCUGCAACCGUUCUCCAUUUUGUGACAAUGGGAAAAUGUAUGACGUCAUAAAGGAAAUAUUAUUUCAGUUUUCAACGCGUUCUUCGUUCGCGUGUUCGAAAUAGACCACCGUGGCAGAGAAAAGGAAAUAAGACAAUUUGAGGCAGAUGAUAACUUUCGCCCGAGAAAAACCACUUCAUAAUGGUUAACUGAACAACUUAAAAAAAAAUAAAAUUGGAACAGGAGAAAACCAACGGGGAUUGCGUGCAAACGUUGUUACAGGCGUGGUUCAUAUUUCUAAUCAACUUAAUGUACCUUCAUUAAUUAAUACAUAAGUUUAUAUGCAGGAUUCUUCCGUAUUCAACCUAGCAUGACGUAUUAUGAGGUUUUAAUUACUAUCUUUUUUCUGCAUGGUUGAGGUGCUUUGAAAAAUUCUACUUCCACGAGUUCACGAAAAAAUCGUGCAUUUCUUGUUCAGGCGCAUUCAUUUUGAAAUCAACAAAUAGGUACUCGACCCGUUGCAAGAAAAUCGACCUUCAAACAUGCGGAUAAAGUGGACGACACUCGAACCGUUCUCCCACCUGCACGAUGCUUAUCAACGAUUGUUCGAUUCUUUUCGCCACGAGCUCGCGGAAACGGCAAAAUUUCGAAAGACAUUGCCCUUCCAGAGGUCAAGUUGGCGCCGUUUUCUCGUUCGUCAACGACGUUCACGGAAACGUGCAUGUGCAUAGCGAUGGCACUGAUCUUCUCAUCCCAUUAGCGUCCUCGUAGGAAAAAUUGCGGAUACUUUCGGCGCGGUCAGUAGAGGAGGAAGGAGUAUCCACGCAAAAUGGGGAAUCGCAAGUUCUGUCAGUGGCCUCUCGGACGUGGAAGCGUGGACUUGGUGAAUCGUGGCGUUUGUUUUUUUUUCAUACAAUUUCACGAGGCUUUAACAAUUGCUUGUUCGAGUGUUACCGCAUUGUUUGAUCUGUUGUGGUGUAUUCGAAGUGUUAUUCUUCGAUGCGAUCCUAAGCUGAUCGCAUCGUCUCGAAUCACGAAACGCAAAGAAGCAUGGACCAGUUGACGAAACGUUGACACGUUAUCCAAGGAUGUUCGGGUGAAGGAUCCGCGGGCGGAAUUCAGGAUACGCGACCGCUGGUCGAUGGUCCUUAGGUUCGUUCAUCUCCCGACGAAAUCAUGCUAUCGGCAUGCGGCAGACUGGCGCACUUCAAGAAGAGAUUAAAGGCUCGCGAGCUGGAGCUUCGAAAAACAAACCGCGUAUUCGGUGGAUAAGAUGAGCAAGAGCGUCGAGCUACUCGCUGGGUCGGAGGACAGUGAACAGAUAACAGUGGAUAACAGCCGCGUGGAGGAGAGAUCCAGACUGAACCUGAACGGGAGCCGUCAGCUCUCGAAAAGCGCCACGGAGCUCCGGAACAACGACAACAGUUCGCCGUCACGACGCGGUGAACAGGGUGAAUCGAGCGUCGUUCAUCACCACCGGCAUCAUCGUCACGCCACCUCGGUGGCUCAACGAACGCACACAUUUUUCGCGACUUUGAAGAGUCGCUGGACACGAAGCAGGAGCAAAGAACGUAAAAAGUCGAAGGAUGCUGGAAAUCUUCUCUCUCAGGAUGUACCUUACAGAUCUGGUGGCGUCGAAUCCGACUAUGCCGCCGAUUAUUCCUCUGAACACAGUAAAAGCUCAUCAGCCACUCAGAGUCCGGCCAGGCAUUGUCUCAAUCAUCCAGAAUCACCGUUGGUGCGCGGAGGAAGGUCGAACGUCGUGACGAGGGCGGAGGAUAGCCCUGGAAAAUGCAGCGAUACCCGUUCGAAAGGAUCCUUGAGCUUCCAGGCGUCCAGGGACUCCCACGAGGAGGCUCGAGGUUCUAUCAGCCAGGACGAUAGCGCGUUUAUACUGGAGGAAACCGCGAGGAGACGAGAGUUGGCAUUGAGGCAGCAUGCUUUUUUCCAGCUUCGUUUGCACAUCAGAAGAGGGGCGAGUCUCGUUGCUAUGGAUAGAUGCGGUGCAAGUGAUCCUUACGUGAAAGUGAAAUCUGCGGGUCGAUUAUUGCACAAGUCGCGAACUGUUCAUCGCGACCUAAAUCCGGUUUGGGACGAAAGCGUAACCCUGCCUAUAGAGGAUCCUUUCCAGCCACUCACGUUCAAGGUCUUCGACUACGACUGGGGUCUGCAGGAUGAUUUCAUGGGGGAGGCACAGUUGGAUUUGACGCAGAUCGAACUUGGCCAGCCGCAGGAUGUCGUGUUGGAGCUGAAGGAUCACGCCAGGCCGAAGCAACACCUUGGAGAAAUUUAUUUGUCCGUCACUCUGUGGCCGAGAAAUCAACAGGAGAAAGAACAGUACUUCCAACGGACCAAUCGAUUGGCAGACGUAAAUAGACGGUUGAAGUCACAAAUAUGGAGCUCUGUGGUGACAAUUGUCCUCGUCGAAGCGAAAAAUCUUCUACCAAUGGAUAUAGAUGGUCUCUCGGAUCCAUACGUCAAGUUUCGUCUGGGUACAGAGAAAUACAAGUCGAAGGUGGUGCACAAGACUUUGAAUCCAGUUUGGUUGGAGCAAUUCGAUCUUCAUCUAUACGAGGAUCCCUAUUUAGGACAGGAAUUGGAGGUAACAGUGUGGGACCGUGAUAAAAGCCAUCAGGACGAUUUAAUGGGAAGGACGGUGAUCGAUUUGGCGACCCUCGAACGAGAAACCACUCAUCGCCUGUGGCGAGACCUCGAGGAUGGUUCUGGGAGCAUUUUUCUCUUGUUAACCAUUAGUGGUACCACAGCCAGUGAAACUAUCAGCGAUUUAGCUGCUCACGAGGAAACACCGCGUGAAAGAGAACAAUUAUACCACAGAUAUUCGUUGAGAAACUCGUUCCAGAGGCUAAGAGACGUUGGUCAUCUAACAGUUAAGGUGUUCAGAGCUCAGGGUCUGGCCGCGGCGGAUCUAGGGGGAAAGAGCGAUCCUUUCUGCGUCCUGGAACUCGUGAACGCCCGAUUACAAACACAAACGGAGUACAAAACCCUCGCUCCGAAUUGGCAAAAAAUCUUCACGUUCAAUGUGAAGGAUAUUAAUUCGGUGCUAGAGGUAACGGUGUACGACGAGGACAGGGAUCAUAAAGUAGAGUUUUUAGGCAAGGUUGCCAUACCCCUUCUGAAGAUAAGAAACGGCGAGAAACGAUGGUACGCGUUAAAGGACAAAAAAUUAAGGGGUCGAGCAAAGGGUAAUUCCCCUCAGAUACUUCUCGAGAUGAAUGUGGUCUGGAACGUUGUCAGAGGCUGCGUACAAACGCUUAAUCCUAAGGAAAAAAAAUAUAUGGAGCCAGAGAUCAAAUUCAAGAGACAAGUUUUCCUACGUAAUGUUCUCAGGCUGAAAGCGAUUAUCGUUAUCGUAAUCGACAUCGGAAAAUACGUGCAGAGCUGCUGGGAAUGGGAAAGUAAAAUGAGGAGCAUCGUAGCGUUGGUUUUUUUCAUUUUGGGUUGCUACUACUUUGAGCCUUACAUGUUCCCUGGAGCAGCUUUACUAAUUUUACUGAGGUAUUAUCUGCUUUACGGAGAUGGAAGUGGACUGAAUCAAUGGAUUUCCGGACAGGUCUCUGCGAUAACUGGCACACCCUUAUCGCAUCACACGAGCUCUCAUUACCAUGACGAAAUCGAUGAAGGGGCAACUACACCAGGAGAUGACGACGAUGACGAUGAUGAUAAAGAUAAAGAAGAGAAGAAGAGUUUGAAAGAACGACUGCAAGCGAUCCAAGAAGUGACCCAGACAGUUCAGAAUUCGAUUGGUUACAUAGCCAGUCUCUGCGAGAGGGUGAAGAACCUCUUCAAUUUUACUGUCCCUUAUCUCAGUUACGUAACGAUGCUUCUGACGAUUCUCGGGGUUGCGGUUCUCUACUUCAUUCCCCUUAGAUACCUGAUCCUAGUGUGGGGCGUCAAUAAAUUCUCCAGGAAGAUCUUCCGGCCUCACUCGGUACCGAACAACGAGGUUCUUGAUCUCAUAUCUAGAGUACCCGACGACGAGGAGCUUCUUAAUUACAGGGAGUUAAAGCCUUUACCGACGGCCGAUUGCGAGAAAGCUAGUACCUCAGGCAGUCCGGGUCCUUCGAAUUUGACUCGAAGAGAACAAAGGAAGAGGCAAAAGGCCGCGUAGCAGCAUGCCCCGCGGCCAGAAGUCGCGGGUCUACGAUCACCGAACAUCCUGAGGACCGUCCUGCUGCGUCGUAAAAUGCGACAACGUAAGGAAUCAACGGAGAACCUGGAUGUGAUCGACAUAGACUGAGAAACGUUCGUUUCCACGUUCGUAGUCUUAGCUAGGGGGAUGACGUGUUUCUAGUUUACAAUCUUUCUGAUCGCGUACGAACAUCUGGUGUGGUAUGUCUUCGAAGUCAGUCCGUUAUGCGCUAAUUUAACCCUUUGACUGCAAAAGGUGUGUAUAUAUAUAUACAGUGAGAGGCAAAAAUAAGUAGAAACUGUUCAAAAUAGAACACCUCGGUUAAAAUUGGAGUAAAUAAUUUGAGGUUUUUUGAGAAACUAUAAAAAUUAAUUCACUAAAAUAUUUGUAUUUUCAUCGUUUUAAAAAAUUACAAUUUGUUGAAAUCGUGAAAAAAUAGUGAAAUUUUUUAAAACGGUGAACAGCCCUCACUGUAUAUAUGCUGUCACACGACCAUUAUUAUGUAAAGGGAUAUAUAAUUUUUUCUCAUUUCAGCACAGUUUCUAUUUUAUUUAACUAACAUGGCGUUGGACGUAUUGUUAUCUUAUAUUUGAUUAAUAAUAAGCCUUAGUCAAAGGGUUAAAGCAUUCACGAGAAAGAUCAAUCGCCUUAUGAACAAGUUCAGGAACGUUAAUAGUAAGAAUAGAACCGACCCGAGUGUUGAUGUACCAAAAAUAUUUGAGAUUAUAGACGAGAAUAUAUAUAAUAAUUAUAAUGAUCGUUAAUCAUGGUUCAAAAGUUACCAGCGAGGUGAUAUUUUGAAAUUCUUAAUUACAAUUUAGGAAAUGAUAUCGAGUUAAUACGAUUAUCGAAUUUUUCUGAGGCAUACCACGCAAAAUUGUUGAUAGUUCUCCAUUCGAUAGAUUCGAGUAAGUCUACAAUAAUUACAUCGAGAAUAAAACGGUGUAUUUUUCACCUAGCUAGUCUUUUUUGAAACGUAAACGUGUGGUAGAAAAAAAAAACGUCUAUUGUAGUCUUCUCGAACAGCUCGGUUGAUUGUGAAUCUGUGUGCGAUCGUCAAACAAGAGGAAAAUCGAAAUCAAUAAUUGAUGAAAGAGUCUUAUAAGCAGAGUGCAGAUGUUUGUCUACAAUAAUUCAUGAAAUUUCUUUAACACAUUUCACUGCCACGUCAUCCAUGUCAUGAAUAUUAAGUAGUUGGAAAGAAUAGGUACUGGAAAGAACGGAUUAUUAGAAUAACACGUUGCAAAAUCAAGUUUUAGAUUGUGAUUUAGAUGUAAUAGAGUAGAGAACGAGAAGAAAUGAAAAGGAAGGAGAUUAGAUUUGACUUUCCUCUUAGUUGGACGAUUAAUGUCAAAAGAAUGCCGUGAUUCGACAAACGUUAAUGAAAGUAUCCCGUUCGAAAGGGAAGACCGUGUUACAAGAGUAUGAAAGCGAGCGAGAUAAGUGCGUUAGAUUAGCAAUGCAUAGCCAAUAUCGACGGAGAAGAGAUACCAUAGAUAUUCAAAGAAAGGUGAGAGUAAACUCUCGCCUUUCAACUUUCCGGUUAUCCUCGUCGAUCCGUUUUCGUCCAUCGGUGUCGUAGAUAUAGCUGCUACAAAAGAUCGUUAUCAUUGAAGAAGAGAUAUUAAAAUUUAACGUUAAUGAAAAAGAAUUUAACAGAAAAAAAGACAAGUAUAGUUGUUCCGUCGAGCUGACGAGCUGUUUUUUCCUUUCAAGAACGACGAAUAAGCUCGAUGCAAUGAACGCGUAUACGCUUGAAUCUUAUUAUUCAGGGAAAAAAAAGUAAUUUCGAAGUAGUUUUAAUUUGACUUCUUGCUACCACCUCGUGCCGUACACUCGUUAAUGAAAGAAUCUUACAAGAGCGUUAUUCAUCGUUCUUGAAAAUAAAAAAUAUUUAGUCUUAUUGUUGAGGUGUCUCGGGAUGUCUCGACGUUAUUCUCUUUAAUAGUAUUUAAUAUUAUCGAUUUAUUCGUUCCAACGCACAUUUUCGUGCGUUAAUCCACCUCCUCGAGCACGUAUUAAAAGAGUGUCUUUAAGUUAAAAUGUACAAGAAAUAGUACAAUUUAGUGUUUUAACUCUUUUGGUACCGCAGUGUUUUUAUAAAGUUUUAUUUAUGAGCGAUUAAUGGCGGGUGACCAUAGUCGUCUUUAGUUGACGAUAUAAGACGAUUUUGCGUCUAAGAAUGCAACUAACGUUUACUUGAAUAUUAAUCGAUGUAAAUGCAAAUCUAAAUCAGUUAUACAAGCUUCAAUAUUAAUUUUAUAAAUUUUAUUUGAGGUACUUUUUUUAUGUCAUAGCUCGGAUUGCAACGAGCUGUAGUACUGAAAUGGUUAAAUACAACAAACAUAUCACGUUUAAAGAAAAGUAAUCAAUCUGAUAUGAAAACAUAGUUUAUUUCUAAAAUUGUAUCACGUGCAUCGUUUGAUCCGUUGAACGAUGCAAAUGAAAGAAACGACCAAAGAAACUUAAAGACAGCCUGGAGAAAUUGACUCGGUAGUAAAAGGUAAAAGUUUCUCCCGUGAAUUAUAUUUUUAUAACAAUAGCGACGAUGGUUCAAGCUUGGUCUGCGAUUAGAUAACACGCCGGGCCAGUCCCAUAACUUUCUUCGUUGUGAAUAUUAUUAAGUUCCUGCGAGUUUCGCGCGACACUUUUUUUUUCCGUCGACAUUAUACAAUCUACUGUUCCCACGAGAAGCACGUUGCUUCCGUAUUUUUUUUUAUUAUCAGUUCCGGAUCGUUACGAUCCUGCGAAAGUGACAUUAAACUCGGUGUUUAUACGAACAGGAACUAGAUCAAGGACUGUCAUCAGCGUCGCGAUUUAAAGAAAUGAAACAUGUCAAGAAACUCUUCGAAAUGUCCUCGGAACGCGUUUCUCUUUCUCUGUAUUUUAUUUAAGAAAGAAAGAAGAGGGGGAUGAUUAAAGGCAGUCGUUCCGAGGCGAGGUUUCAAAGUCUUUCCGAGAUAGAAAAAUAGAUUAUUUAAUAAGUCGAUUGUGAAAUAUUAACGAUUGAUAGAGGAGAAAAGUGCUCGAGGAGGGGCGUAACGCGCGGAAUUCAAUGAAUUAUUCCUAACCGCGGAUUUUACGGUUUCGUGCCAGCCGCAAUGGGAAAGCCGAAAAUAGGAAGGGGAGAUCUAUCACCGAUCCAUUUUUUCGCUUUUUUAAUACGAAACGCCACUUUUUCGAAUCUAUCGUCAUCGAUCUUUCCUCAUCCGUGUAUUUUACGAUCGUCGAUUGUGUUGAAGGUACAUCAGUAGAGAUACAUUUGUACAAAUAUUCGACCCUUCAACAUUUACACGUCUGUCAUUUUUCUUGUCUGGAAAAUUGAUUUCUUAACGUAACGAUACAACGAAUACGAGUUACUAUUUUAAAAAUGAUUAUACAGUAUAUUACUUUCGGAAGUAAUACAAAAUAACGUUUGAAAUCUGUAUAAUUUGUAAUCUAUCAUUUGAAGAAAGCUUAAAUUAAUGAUACCGAAAGCUUUUCAUUUUGUAAUUAAGAGGGUCGAAUAUAGUCACAUUGUUCUUCGUCGCCGAUUGCGGGCCUAAAUCAUAAGGCAAACACAUAUGUACACUCGCAUACAUCUACACGAAAAAAAUUCAUUCAACACUUGCACGCGAACAAAAGAAACGAAAGAUUGAGAUAGAAGAGAAAAAAAGAGAAAGCUUGGCGAUUCUUUUGUCAUCUAGUCAACGAACAAUUUUUUUUUUUUUUUCUUAAUGAAGGAGAAACUUGUGAUAUUUCGAAUCGAUUUCCUUUGGUUUUAGGCAUAUGUACGUAUGUCAAGCGUGCGAUUUAAAGGUUCGAUAGUUGCGUGAAUAGUUCUUUUCUUUUCUUUAUGAACGAAAGACAAUCAGUGAUACGAGUCAAUGGUUUGUUUAUUUUGGCAAUCUUAAAUCAUAUAGCUAACAAGGUGAGCCUUUCUCUUAUUAUAAUCAUUCCUUGCGACAUUCCUUUUUAAAUUGUACAGGUACAUGAAUUCAGUAAUUGGAGAUAUUAAUUCAAUAGCUUAUUUUCUGAGCAUCUUAACUGCCAAUUAUAAAUUAUUGAAUUUAAAUUUUUAAUUUCCCAUUUCAUCUUGAUAAUAUUUCAUGUUUUAUUGAAUACCUGUACAAUUUUAUCUUUCAUGCAUUUAAAUAAUUGACGAGUCGAUUGCUUGUUUCUAAACGUUUCUUCUCUUUUUUUUUUAAUUGUGUCUAGUUUCAACAGAGCAAUCGACUCCUCGUGUCAAAUUGUUAACAUUUCAUUGUGUCGUUUUUCUACUCUUCCAGUUUUAUACUUCCGCAAGAGCGUAAGGUGUCUUCAGUCUUCAAGGAUUACUUUCCUGGUUCAUCCAUUCAAGCUUCUAUCAUCGGUCGUCCUUUUUCAAUUCCUUUUCUUCAGGAAUACGCUAGCUUCAGGAUAAAGGACACACACACACACACACACAACAAAGGCACACAACAGAUUCAUACAAAUUGUUCCUUCACGAACGUUCACUUUCCGGUUUGCAUGCUCCAAUUUUCUUCGUGUUAUACGAAUUCUUCAUUAAGGUGUGUUUUAACCGUUAAGAGCGUGAAAUGUUAGAAAAUGGAAGGGCGGAGAGAGCGAGAAAGAGCCAGGAGGAAUUUCGAUUUCCACGAAAUCACAAGGAUUCAUAUAAUGUAUAUAUAUAUUUUUCCCAUGGUCGUAUCAGUCGUCUGGAUCAGUGUUCUUUAAUCUGCAUAAAAAGAAGUUUCUUCUUUAAUUUAUAUUACAAGUACAAUUGUAAUACAAUGUGGAAAUGUAACUUUUCCUUGGAUUUCAAAAUUUAUUGAAUUGGUAAGUGUAACUAAUUAAAUUAGUUUAAUUUUGCUAAUUUUGCAUUGCAACGUUUAAAAAUUUAAUAAACCGAUAGAGAAUGAUCUUAUAACGAGAUAAUUUAUAAAUGUUCUAUAGGUAUAAAUUGAAGAAGAAAUUGAUGAAAUGAUAGAUGAACACUGAUCCAGUUCGAGCAACGAUCGUGAACGCUCCGCACACGUCUGUUUACUUCCUAAUCGAUAGGAGAAACGAGCAUUAAACUUAAGAUUUAGAUAGAGAAAAAGAAGAACAAAUUGUGAUUUGGAGAAUCUUCGAGGUCGGCUGAUGAAGAAAAAGGGAGAGACCGUGUGUGAAGCAUGGGAGACCUGCGCCAAGUCCAAAUUAUACAAGGUGUCUUGCAAUACUUCUGUUUAAACUAAAAAGUGGUGAUUUUGUUUAAGAAAAUAAGUCAAAACAUAGAGAAGAAAGUUUUCAUGAAAAUGAAGCCACGUGUAAAAGAAAUUUGUUAUAUAUCUUUGAUUUAUUUUUUCAUACAGAAUCACAGUUCUUCUACUAAUAUUAUACAUUGAAAGACACCCUGCAUAUCAUCGAUUCCAACUGUAUUAAAAUGCGUGAGAAAAAGGAAACGAAUGUGGAAUGGUUGUAGAAUGUGACUUGGCCGAUGUUCUCAAGAAAAUGUACUUAUGACAAAAGGGUAACAUGAGUCGUUAUUAUUAUUCAUAAUAUUUAAAGAGGGAUGAAAUUAAAAAUAAAGAAAGCUUUUAAUAU